UAAUCAAUUCUCUUGGUAACCUAAAUCUUCAGUGGAAUUACAAUUUAACAACCACAAUGCUUGGUAGGACAUACAAGGUUUUUACACUUGUCAGUCUUUUACUUUUCAUUGAAUUAACCUGGGCCGAAGAAAAACGUCUCAUUUGCAAACCAGAAUCGGAUGAAGAACAGCAGCAGAGUGCCUCGAUUGAUAUCAAUGAUGAUUUGAUCAAAGCAAUAAACUCACUUAUUGAUGUCAAAAUGAAGGAAGUUGAAGAUAAAUUGUCACAGAGACUUUGGGAAAGAUUUAUGAAUGAGACUGAAUCUACGACUGCACCAGUGGAAGAAACAGUGGUUAAAGAUGAACGAUUCUGUCAUUUGAAAUAUGUGAGGAAAUGCUUCACAUUUUUCAAAUCUAAUCUAAUGACGUAUGGUGAAGCGAAGAAGAGAUGCGAAGAUAUUGGUGGACAUCUCGGAAAUAUCUACAACAAAGCACAUGAAGAACAAGUUGUGAAAUAUAUCAAGAAAAAUGCUGCGACUCCUAUUUUCUUCUUCAUUGGAAUGACUAUCGAUACGAAAAGCAUGAAUGUUUUCCUGUACAAUCGUUCUCCAGCGCCAUAUGUUCAUUGGUAUCCUGACGGUGGAUAUCCCCUGAAAGAACACAGCAUGUUGAGAUACACUAUUUUGCCUACUUUCUCGGGAAUGUUUAACAAUGUUGCAGAGAACAUGGCGAGAUCGAAUGGUGUACUUUGUGAAUUUUAAAAUAUCAUUUAGUUCAACACAAAAACAACUUCAAAAAAUAAUUUCUCUGUAAGAUAUCUCACGUGCAACUGAAGAAUGUGGUUUUGUUUUAAAAAUCAUGAAAUAUUAUUUCAGCAUUCGUUCAGUGAAAAGCGACAAAACUUCAUAUUACAAGUCAGUCAGUCAAUCGAUUAUUUAUUUGCCGUCACGAAAGACAAAUUCACAAAAGUUGCUGCAGAGGUCGCGAGGGACCUCGUUAGGUCUUCAAGCAGCAAUACCUAUAGCGCUGUUACUGGUUUGGUGUAAAAAUAACUGCAUAUGAUACGACUAUUAACUAUGCGAUAGUCUUGAUGGUGAUCAUAUUUUGACUA